UCUGGUUACAAAACCACGUGUAUAGACAAGAGAGAGAAGAGAGAGAGAGAGAAGAGGAAGAGAUAUUCUUGGAGGCAAAAGAUGUUGGUUUUUGGUGUUUUCUUAAAAGCAAACAAAAGAGGGAAAAACCAGAUCUCUCCAUUAGAAACACUUCCAUGAUCUGGAAAGCUCUCAUUUUUCAUAUAUAAAUUUUUUCUCCUUCAAGUUCAAGGUCUUUUGUUCAGAUUCAAAGUCUUCGACUUUGGUUUUUACUGUCUUUUGGCAGAACCCUAGUCCCCCCCACCACCUUCUUCAUCAAAUUCUUACACAUAACCAAAAAAACCAAGUUUUUUUUAGCUCUUUCCUCUGCAAGAAAAAAGUAAACUUUAAAAAUCCCUUGGUCUUUACUUGUUUGUUCUUGUCCAUACCAUCUUCAAUCACCUCCUAAAUAAGAAAGAAAGAAAAAAAAACCAUGUCAAGUAAUCCCUUUUCUCUUCUCUCUUCGGCACCGACCGCGUUCGCUCCACAACAAGAUGCAAACCCUGACCCUAACUCUAAACCGAAACCCUCCGCUGCGGCGAAGAAGAAGAGAAACCUCCCCGGAAACCCAGAUCCGGAUGCGGAGGUCAUCGCUCUAUCGCCUAAGUCUCUCAUGGCGACGAACAGAUUCAUCUGCGAAAUAUGCAACAAGGGGUUUCAGAGAGAUCAGAACCUGCAGCUUCACCGACGAGGGCACAACCUGCCGUGGAAGCUGCGGCAGCGGACAAACAAGGAGCCGAUCAAGAAGAAGGUGUAUAUCUGCCCGGAGAAGACGUGCGUCCACCACGACCCGUCGCGGGCCCUUGGCGACCUCACCGGAAUAAAGAAACACUUCAGCCGGAAACACGGCGAGAAGAAGUGGAAAUGCGAUAAGUGUUCCAAGAAAUAUGCUGUUCAAUCUGAUUGGAAAGCUCACUCCAAAACUUGUGGGACAAGAGAAUAUAAGUGCGAUUGUGGAACACUUUUUUCCAGGAAAGAUAGCUUCAUAACCCACAGAGCAUUUUGCGAUGCCUUAGCUGAAGAAAGUGCAAGAAUCACAACAGUUUCUGCAACAAAUAUUCUCAAUAAUCUCAGAAACGAUUCAAUUCUUCUUCAUCAACAAGAUCCUCACCAAUCUCUCGUUGAUCCUCACUCCAAUAAUAAUAACAAUAAUAAUCAUAAUCAUAAUAAUCUUCAAUCUCUUGGAGACGUUUCAGGGCUUUCCCAAUUCAGCCAUUCAGAUUUUCUGAGAGAUUUAGAAGAUCAGCAACACAAGAACAGAUCCCCUUUGUCCCUCUGGUUGAACCAAGCUUCUGCUGAAACUGCGAUCAACAACAACAACAUUUCUAGCUUUUUCGGGUCGUCGUCUUCUUCUUCCAAUCUUUUUGGAUCGAUCAACGAGAGCGGGAUAUCGGGGCUCUCAGUGCUCCCGGUGAUUGACAAGGAAGAUGUUGAGAACAAGGCGAGUUUGUCGAAAGCUACCGCGGCAGCGUUAUUAUCGGGUCAAUCUUCUCAGUCCGUCGUUUCUUCUUCUUCUCCGAUGUCGGCCACUGCCCUUCUGCAGAAAGCUGCCCUUAUGGGCUCAACGAGGAGCAACAACAAUAACUCAUCGCUCUUCGGAGCAGGCGGUUUUGGAGUAAUGAGCUCGUCGUCGUCGGCAUCUUCUUCGUCGUCAUCGUCAUCUUCUAAUGCGGUGAGCUUGAACUCUCUCAACAAAACUAGGAGCCUGACAAUGGCCGACUCAAUGCAGAUGGUCGGGAGCUCCGACUUGAGUUCAAAUUGCCUCAGCCAAGUUUUACUGUCCAACGGUAAUAACGGAAUGAGAAGUAAUGGUCAAACGCGAGACUUCCUCGGCGUGGGAGGAUCAGGGGAAGCUCCCCGGCCACCGUUCCUCCCACCGGAGCUGGCAAAGUUCGCCGCCAUAAACUCAACCAUGGGGCUAAGCCAAUUCGCCGCCAACCACUGAAACCCCAUAAUUUUCCGAUCAAGUUUAAACCAAAUAUUGAAGAAUUUUAACAGGGCAGGGCGGCGGAAGAAGCGGUCAGAGGAGGGGCCGCCGGCGGGGCCACCGGUGAAUGUUUAAAGUUUGACAGAUUUAAUUCAGAAAAAAAGUUAGAAAAAAUGAGUGAUGCAUGUAACUCUUUUUCUUCCUGUUAUUUUAUAUGUUGUCCUCUGAACCUUUUUUUUCCCUUUUUUUAAAAUUUAUUUAUCGUAAUUUCGCUUUCAAAUUA